AUGUGUGCUGCCAUUUUGAAAGAGCAUCAGCAUGGGAAAUCGAGGGUGAGGCUAGGGAGAACAUGGCGAGAGGGAGAUGUCCACCAUUUCGUGGAGUGGACCGUGCACACGAUGCUGGAGUCUGAUAUGGCCCAUGCAUUCCUGGAUGGCAGUAACACAGAUAUGACUGCGACGGACACGCAGAAGAACACGGUGUACUACAUUGCCAAGCAGUGCAACAAGAGAUGCAGCCCAGAAGAGUAUGCCAUCGCCCUUGCCCGGCACUUUGUGGCCACCUACCCGAAGGUGAGCAAAGCAAAGGUGUGGGUGGAGCAAGCACCAUGGGAGCGGUGUCAAGUGGAUGGCCAGCCUCAUAAUCAUGGGUUUGCUCACACUGGGGCCGAGAUCCGGACGACAUUUGUAACAGCAGAUGACCAGGGAAACACAGCUGUCACAGCAGGUUUGAAGGGCUACAAGGUCCUGAAAACAACCCAGUCUGGCUAUGAGGGCUACUUGCAUGACCAGUACACCCUCCUGCCUGAGACCAGGGACAGGAUCAUGGCCACAUCUAUUGCAGCCACCUGGAAGUACUCAGGCCCAGUCAACUAUGAUGCAGCAUAUGCAGCAGUGAAGGAGGCUCUGCAGACAGCAUUCUGGGGUCCGCCAAAGUCAGGAGUCUACAGCCCCUCAGUACAAUACACCCUCUUUCAGAUGGGCAAACUCGCUCUGGCCAGGGCCCCACAAGUGGAGUCUAUCUACCUGAACAUGCCAAACCUGCACUUCCUUCCUUGCAAUACAGUGACCAGCAAGUUUGAAGAUGAUGUGUACAUCGCCACGAGUGAGCCUCAUGGGAACAUUGAGGCCACCAUCACUAGGGGGGACAUCGAGCCGCACUGCAAGCUUUGAGACCUUCAUUUACCCGCACCUUCACAUUGGUUGACCAAGAUUCAAUUGACAUAAGGCUUGGAACACCGGUCAAUGGUACCAUUUAAAGGGUCCAGCGAGGGUGUUGACGCUCAUCAAGAUGAGGCCGCAUCAUACCUGAUGGGACGAGCAAAGCUGAGUCCCACGGUAAUAUACAUUAAUUUUGCACUGUUGUGGAUAAGACCAUUUCAAUUUGUAUGCUACAUCUGUACCAUAUGCGAGUCUACCAAAUGUGAAUUUGACGGGAAAAACAGAGAAGGCCCUAAGGCGGGACUUUUCAUAUGAUCAGGGAACCCAUUGUCCCAGUGAUGCCAGAAAAUCCCGCUUAGAAUCUAGAUUAUGAGGAUGAAUGAGUGUGCAUUGGCACCAUUCAUGAAUUGACCCAAGCGAGCUCUGUACAUAUGUAUACAGUAUAUGAUUUUGCUUGCAAGGCUUUUAGCUCCAAGGUCUGCAACUAAUUGCAGGUUCACAAUGCAAACUUCUGUCGUCUUUGUUUUGCAACAGAGCAGAG